ACCUCGCUGCCUUCCCUUGGCGUUGCCAAGUGUUAAUUGGGGAAACUCCUCCCCACCGCGGCUGGUGGGCACCUCCGAAGCAGCCUCGACCUCCCUCCCGCCCCUUGUUGGAGCGCAGCGGCCCCAAGAGAGCCCUGAGCCGGUCCCGGGCGGUGGGCGGCUGGCCGGCCUCGGGCUGCAGGAGGAGGGCGUCCGGCCACCUGCCGCUCCCCCACUCCCCCAUCUCCUCGCACCGAGAGCUCCCCGGCGUGGACGCCUCGCAUCUCGCUGGCGCCCGGCGGAGCCGGACCGUCGGAGGCGCGCCGCUGGGAGCAGACACCUGUCCGUCCCCGCCCGCCGAACCCGAGGCGCUGCAGCCCGUGGCAGCCUAGGCACCGGAGCCGGUGGAGAUCAGGCCCGCGUUCCCGGAAAGUCGAGCUUAGCAGAGGCCUCGGACCCGAGCUCGGAGCGCCAUGGCUGCGAAGCUGCUGCUUCUCCUUUGCCUGUUCUCGGGCUUGCACGCUCGGUCCAGGAGGGUGGAAGAAGAUGAGAAUGAAGAGUCCCCAUCAAACCAGAAAUGGGUCUUGGCACCCAAAUCACAAGACACUGAUGUGACGCUGAUUCUCAAUAAACUGCUGAGAGAAUAUGACAAAAAGCUGAGACCGGACAUUGGAAUAAAACCAACUGUGAUCGAUGUGGACAUUUAUGUUAACAGCAUUGGUCCUGUGUCAUCUAUAAACAUGGAAUACCAAAUUGAUAUAUUUUUUGCUCAAACCUGGACAGACAGUCGCCUUCGAUUUAACAGCACAAUGAAAAUACUAACUCUAAACAGCAACAUGGUGGGCUUGAUAUGGAUCCCAGACACCAUCUUUCGAAACUCAAAAACAGCAGAGGCUCACUGGAUUACCACACCCAACCAGCUCCUCAGAAUCUGGAAUGAUGGGAAAAUCCUUUACACAUUAAGGCUCACCAUCAAUGCAGAGUGCCAGUUGCAACUGCAUAACUUCCCUAUGGAUGCGCAUGCGUGCCCUCUGACCUUCUCCAGCUAUGGCUACCCCAAAGAAGAAAUGAUUUAUCGUUGGAGGAAAAAUUCAGUUGAGGCAGCUGAUCAGAAAUCAUGGCGGCUCUAUCAGUUUGACUUCAUGGGCCUCCGAAACACUACAGAAAUCGUGACAACAUCUGCAGGUGACUAUGUUGUCAUGACUAUCUACUUCGAACUGAGCAGAAGAAUGGGAUACUUCACUAUCCAGACAUAUAUUCCCUGCAUCCUCACUGUGGUUCUGUCCUGGGUGUCAUUUUGGAUCAAAAAAGAUGCGACACCAGCAAGAACAACAUUAGGUAUCACCACAGUGCUAACCAUGACCACACUCAGUACCAUUGCCAGGAAGUCCCUGCCUCGGGUGUCCUACGUGACUGCCAUGGACCUCUUUGUGACGGUGUGCUUCUUGUUUGUCUUUGCCGCACUGAUGGAGUAUGCCACCCUCAACUAUUACUCAAGCUGUCGAAAGCCAACAGUCAGGAAGAAGAAGACAUCGUUAUUACAUCCAGAUUCCACCAGAUGGAUUCCUGAUCGAAUAAGCCUACAAGCACCCUCUAAUUAUUCUCUCCUGGAUAUGAGGCCCCCACCACCUGUGAUGAUCACAUUAAACAAUUCCAUGUACUGGCAGGAAUUUGAGGACACCUGUGUCUAUGAGUGUCUGGAUGGCAAAGACUGCCAGAGCUUCUUCUGCUGCUAUGAGGAGUGCAAGUCAGGCUCUUGGAGGAGAGGCCGCAUCCACAUUGAUGUCUCUGAGCUGGACUCGUACUCCCGCGUCUUCUUCCCGACGUCCUUCCUGCUGUUCAACCUGGUCUAUUGGGUUGGAUACCUAUAUCUUUAAGUGCUGCUCUGAAGGAUGAGUGAAGAGUACUCAACUCAUGUUUUUCUUUCCACUGUCCCCAGACAAGUAGUGACCAACCAAAAAGUAGCAGGGAAGGGACACUACUCAAGUUUGUUACUUUACCUUUCAGCAGCAUGGGAAAUACCUGGAAAGUAUUCCUUAUAAAUACUUCACUCACACACAUUCACAUGUGUGCACACACACACAACAAAUACAUUUUAAAGUGAUAUACUUGCUAAUCCCCUCUUCAACCUGUAGUUUGAUAUUUAUGAAUGGCCUUGGAUAUUAGAAGCUGCCAGUUACUGUGCAAAGACACCUGUAAAACAUGCAAACAAAUAUCAAGAGGUUCUCUCAGGCCUUCCCCCUAUGUAUCUUCCCUUUGUGCCCCUUGGCACCAGUGCCCAUGUAGACAGUAUCUCCCUUAGUGGGGGUACACUCGUGCUGACCUCACUCUGAGAUCCAGCUUGAGCCACAGUCAGUUUUGGUCCCUUUCUGGGAGAGCUGUUUGCUCAGGCACUGCUGUCCUUAGGUAGCCUCCCUCUACCUGGCACCCUUCCUUCCUGCCUGGGAGGUGCUCAUAUGUAUCAGCCACAAGUUUCCAUUUGUGGGGAAAAAAAUACGAUUUUUUAAAACUCGUUUCUGAGACCACAACUGCUGUUUGUCUCUAAAUCUCACAAAGUCGUGACUUUAUUACAGACUUCCAAGCAUUAUACGUAUUCCUGGACCCAUGUUCCCGUAGUCACUGGGUUCCUGGACCAGUGCAUUUCAGUUCAGUAUUUCUCUAAGAGCUGUGUUUUACAGGGACCAGUCUCAGUCUCAGAGGAGGAGUGUAACUUAUAUAUUAUUGUUAGGAGUUCAGUGACUGUCUGCAUCCUGCAAAGACAUACAACAUGGGUAGGCCUUUGUUUUGAAUCUGCAUCCCAGAGGUGAAAUAAUGUAGACUUUUAAUUAUUUAAUCACGGACAUUAACUUUCAAGCCAAACCAACUUUAGAUGCAGAAAAUGGGUAAUGAUUACUGUCAAUUACACAUUUUGAUGAGCAAAAAUUAUUUUAUACAUUGAAAUGUGGAUACAUAGCAAAAUCCCAAAGAAACCCCCUAAAUCAAUUCUCUUUUGAUAUUUUUAUAACACAAAACAAAUUUUCUUCUUAUGUCAGUUCUUUGCUAUGACUUCAGGUCCAUGACCCUUUCAAAGUGUCCUCUGUUGGUGACACACACACCUUCCUACUCAUCAGCUGUGUCUUGGCACUAUUACAGCAUUCACAGUCAAGUCUCGGUGUGCUUUUUCUCUCACAAAGCUGAAUUAAUUUUACUGAAAGUCAUUCAUUUUUCAAUUUCUAUUAUACACACUGUAUGAUUACUUAAAGAAAGGAAAACACGAUUCAAAUAGAAUAUAUGAAAGUGCUGAUUUCACACAGUUUAUUAGACGUAUUUCAGAAAAGGUGCUGGUACAGAAGAGACCAGAAAAAGUGAAACUAGGUAUUUUUGCUAAUUCUUUCUAAUCCUGUCACACAUAAAGUGAGUGUGAAAAUAGUCCAACUCUGUUGUAAGGGUAACAUAGCUGUCUAUGUGUGUGAGACAGUCAUUUCUUUCUGAGUUUCAACUAACAAACUACUAGUUAGAUAAUUACUAUACAAGGCUGAAACCAGUCUAGCCUGCAAAUUCAAUUUAAAAAUUACAAUGAUAAAUACUCAUCAAGAAUUAGCUGAAGACAAUGGCGUAAAUGAAAUGUCUGUUCUAUUGGGAAGUUUUGAAUAUAGUGCACCCGUGUCCCUGAAACUCCCACCUUUGGCAGGCCCACUCUGGAGAUGCCCACAGCACGGAAGACAAAAAGAAAGCAGCACAUAUAAUUAUAAACACUACAAGUUCAGAAUUUCUAACAAGAUAAAGGAUUUUAACCUGACACAUUUCAAAAGUUCUGGAGGAAAUUUUCUAGUAUUCUUUUAUUUCUUAAGGAUUAAAGCACGCAUCUGCUUUAGGGCCUUACUCCCUGCUACCUUAGAAUAACCCCAUAGUUGCCACAUUGCUCUCAGUGUUUAGAUUUUCACCUGUAAGACACACAUACCUGCAGCUAGUCAUUGUCUCCUGCCCAGCCUCACCCAUGCUGAUCAAAACACAGAAAAAACCAACCCAUGUGCCCAGAGUGUGCCAAUGUCUGUUUCUCAGUAAAAUUCAAUUGUCUAUGUCAGUCUGAACUUCCAGGAUAAACCAUUCCAUGACAUGAAACAGGAGAGAUGUCUACCCAUUGCUCAGGGGCAAAGCCAGGGACUUUACAAGGUGAACUUUGAGGAGAGUCUGGUGCAGCAGGAGGAGAGGAAGAAAUGCACCCUUCCUUAGACAUCAGGUCCUCUCUCUUAUUUAAGAGGGACAUGUGUAGGGCACACAAGCUCAAGCCUUCUCCAAUCUGUCCCAUUCUGCUCUGUUUCCUCUGUGUGUAGAGCAGGAGAAUGCUUGAGUAGUGGUCUAAAUGACCUGUAUUUCAAAGGUGCUACUGUGUUCCUCGUUCUUAGAAGCACUCCAGAUUGAGGAGACUCAGUUUGAACAAAGAUUCCAGAUUUCCAACCACUGUGGAUCAUAGUGAAAACUGUGACUGUCUCUCCUUUAAACUGCAUCUUGAAUGAUGGAGGAAAAGCUAAAAAAGUAUUUUACACAGUAGUAAACUUAAAGAAAAAUGCCUCUUCAACACCUAGACAGUUUCACCAGGGGUGUCCCAGAUGCUAGGUGGAGGACAGUGUUAAUAAGUUUACUCUAAGCCCAGCCAACACUGCCCCCCAAGUUGCCCAAAAUAUGCCUUAUAAUAAAAUGUAAACCCCCCCAAUAUUUUCAUUUUCUGGAAGUUUCCAUUUUCUGCAAUCACCCAUAAUUCAUACUAAAUUUUACUGUUGUUUGUUUUCUUUUGGUUUUUGUUGUUGUUGUUGUUUUCUUUUUUUUUUUUUUUUCAAGACAGGGUUUCUCUGGGUAGCCCUGGCUGUUUGUAAACCAGGCUGGCCUCAAACUCAGAGAGAUCUGCCUGCCUCUGCCUCCCAGAGUGCUGGGAUUACAGGUGUGUGCCACCGCACCCAGCUCUACUAUCUUGUUGUUGUUGUUUAAUGCAUAGAUGAAAAUAGGAUUUCUUUUCUUUAUAGGAAAACCAGGCAUCUUCACUUUUGCAUCAAAAGAGUCAAUUGCAGACUUUUAUGGAUUCUUCAAACAUGAAAAUGCUUGUCCUUAAUCACAAGCCAUUUUCAUGUUCCUGGUAGGAACCUGCAGGCAUGUGUCUACAGAACAUUCCAGAUUGUUUGUCUGGUAAUAGGUUGCUGCAGUGAAAGAUGUUUAGAUGUGCAUUGUAGGCCCACAUCCAGUUACAAUGGAAGCAAGGGACCAGCAAUCCCAUUUCACAUCAAUUUGUCUUCACACAGCUAGGAUGCAGUGGUCCACUCUAUCCAAAGGGCUAGGAAACAAAACAGACAACACCUCUGCCUCCUUGGUCAUUUUUAUCUCAGAUACCAAAUUGAAAAUGUUAUCGGAAACUUGAAGAAUUGCAACUGGUCCCCAGAUGUUGUACUCCAUUCUAUCACAUCAGUGCCCUUGAGGAACCAAGCGUCUUGCAUCUGUUUGUAAUUUGAUAACUGUUUUUGAGUGGUUUCCUUUUUUUCUUUUAGAGUUCAAAAACAUACAAGUUUCCAUAUUAAAAAUAGUAAAAUGACUAGAGAUAAACACAUUAUAUAAAUAAGUAUAAGUUGAAAUGUUGAAUUCCAUUUAUAUUGAUAGAUUUUUUUGGUUGGAGCUUUAGAGCACCAUUUUGUGGAAAGGUGUUUAUAAAUAGGAAGAAAACACACAGAACACAAAAACACAUCAAAUGUCUUAUUCACUUUUCCCCUGAGCUCCCUUCAAAUGGCUACAAGUGGCCUGUAGUACCAGGAAUUUAUGUUGUCCAUGUGAGCAUGGCUCAAGAACGAAAUGCUAAUGAAGUGCUCAGGAUAGACAACCCUAUCUCUGAUGCCUCGUGUCUUACCUUCCAUUGUAAACAUGGAUUAAAACACAAUAGAGCAAAGGAAAGACCUGUGUCUCAAGAUGAUAAGGUAACAGCUGAUACAGUCACCAUCCCUAGAAUGAGAAUUUGUUUAAUUUUAAAAAUAUAUUACAGUUUUGGAACCUUGAAAUUGGGAUGUUUCUACUUCCCUAUUAAUAUUUCUUCAGCUUAUAAAAUAGUAAUACCAUGAUAAAAGCUUGUUUUAAUUCUGUCAAAGUUAAACAAGAAGAUGUUUCUAUUCAUUUGCUUCUAAAUGUCUUUUAGUUAAAUGAUGCUUUGGUUCUGAUAUUCCCCAUAAGACUUUUAAACCUUUUUGUUACUUUUCCUGGGAUGAAAUUCUAGUGUUAAUCUAUCUUACAUAAAUCAAUCCUAAAAUCUGAGUUGAACCCUUAUUGGUCAUUAAAAAGUUGGCCAUGCUUUGAGUUAACCAGGUUUUGUUAGAUUAUGUUAUGUGAACUACUAAAUAAUUAAUCACACACACACACACACACACACACACACACUCCACCUCCCAAAUAAGGAAAGUCUGAAUACUGUUUUCAGGUAAUUGAGGCAAAUAUAACCUGCUUUGCUUGGUUUAUUCAGUUAAGCACCUACUUUAACCACUUUAUAUUUCACAUCUGUAAACAUAAUACAGGGUUAUCCCAGCCCAGAGAACAGGCUGCACAGGUUGAGUCAGUAACAGUUACUGUGGGGAAGGAAGGCCUCUCUAUCUGCAAGAUAGUUUAAACUGUACAGGUUGGGGAGGGGCCGGAUCAUUGACUUUCAACAACAAAACUUCCCAAACAGAACUGGUCCCUGAUUUGUUUUGCUCUUUUUCUAAAUAUUUAAAGAUGCUUCUUUGCAUUUUUGCCAACAAAUACAGUAUCCUGAAUCUGUGGUUUCAACCACCAUCAAGAAUAUCAAAUGCUUUUGUCUCUGUACCUAGUAUGGGCAGGCAUUUCUCCAUGUCAUCGUUUCCUUAAACAUAACAGAGUAACAGAGGUUGACAUAGAAUUUACAUUGCCAUAAGCAGUGUAAGCCAUCUUGUGGUGAUUGAAUAUAUAGGGAAGAGUGUGCAUUGGGAAGAAUGUGCAUAGUAUCUACCACACAUAUAAAGCACCACUUUAUUCAAAGGAAUUCUGCAUCUUUGGGUUCUGUUAUCCUGAGGGGUCCUGGAACCAGCCCCCUGGAUAUUUGGAGGAGUGACUGUAAUGUUUACAUUUCCUAUAACAGACUUGGAUUAAGACCUCUCCUGGUUGUCCUGCCCACUAAUGUACCAUUUCAGCAAGUGUACAUAACAAAGCCAGUGUUCGUUUUCUUAAAUAUGCAUUUCUUAGAUCAGGUGCUUACAACAUGGCUAUUACAGUCCCACAAUACAUCUCAAAAUUAUGAUGUUGUCACUAGCUUUCAUUCAUAAAAGAUAGUUCAUUGAUAACAUUGGUAACAUUGAUCAUUAAUCACUUUGAACCCAUAGGACUUUAUAUAAUGAACCCCAAAAUCAUUUUAGGGAAAAAGACCUUUGACCCUAAGCUGUAACUUUAUGAACAUUGUAAAAUCAAUGUGGAAACUCAAAAGGUCAGACAUGGCUGAAGCAAAGGUGACAUAUGGGUCCACCUUCUGAUUUUGUUCUCAAGCAGGCUGCGUUCUCAAUAUAUGAGUCUGCUGCCUUGCAGAGUCCAGAGAGUCCUUCUGAUAUGAAUGCUUGAACCUACUGAACAAUCUCCCAAAACUGCUGGCUGAAUAGGCAGUCAUAAACAUCCUUAUCAAUUGUCAUGGAAGCCCAGACUUUGCUACAUCAUUUUCUUAAAUAUCAAGCUGUGUACUGGUUCAUAAGGAUCUUCUAGAUUCUCCAGACACAUUUUAAAAGUUGUUCCACUGCAAGACUGGGAUUGUCAGGGACAAAUGAUGAGGGCUUUGAAAUAAUUAGUAUUUUCUGAAACAAAAUUUUACGAAGAAUUGUUCAGAUUUAUAACAGGAAGGAUUUUUAUCCAUUUUAAGUAAAGGCGGCCAACACACAGAAACCUACAUUGUGAUGAACCAACUGCCCAACCCCUGUCUAGACUUGGCAGUCACAGGUAACUGUGACUUGGCAGUCAUCAGGUAAUGGGCCACAUUAUUAUGUCCUGGCACAAUCAGGGUUGUCUGGAAAAUUAAAAAUAAAAAGAAAGAAGAAAGAAACAAAUCAAACAAUAUCUUCUUAAGUAACAUUCUCUGUGCUUAAAAGCAGAAAAUGCACAUGGCCUUGGUAACUGCAUUUGAAAUUGUCCAUCAUAUAUGAAGGAAGAGUGUGGCAUGACCUCCAUCGUGGUUCUGUUCCAUGUUUUAGUUUGCAGCUACCAGUGCAGUACAGAGGCUUGCUGUCUUUCUUAAGCUAUUACAAAAUUAGGGCAUAUUUUAAGAAAAAUGAUGAUAAGCUUUUUAAAAGCUCCAUUCUAAUAUUAGAACAGACUCCAAAUUUUUGUUCACUCCUUGGAAGUCUAUCUAUCCUGCUUCAAGAAUUUCCUAAGACUUGAGGAGUGCAUGCCACCAAGUGUUUAUUUUCUGAUUACUUUUCUUCUUUUCAUUUUUACCUUAUUGGACAUUUUUGAUCAUUUUCUUCUACUAGCAAUUUAAUCAGCUAGGAACUAUCUUUUUUCUAAUGUGGCUGUAUCUUUGGAAGCUGUAAGUUUUGUUACCCAAAGAAACAAUCACUCUGCUUCUAUCAUUUGGGUCUAGGAGUCACUGCAGUUCUUGUUGGCAUUUCUUUGACUAUAGUCACUCUAAAUAUAUAGUAGUGAAGUGUUUACUAUUGUUUUCCCUUUUUUCAGCUUAUAGUAACAAUGGAAACACCCCAAAAGGCACAAUGACCAAUUGUGCUAGUGUGCCACGUUUACAUACUGACAUGUUUGUGUACAGAUACAUGUUUUCUUUAUAAACAACUCCUGAAGUCAGUAAAGCUUUGCUUGUUUGUGUUUUCCAUGAAAGGCUCUAGAAGAGUGCCAAUUUUCAGGGACUGACCUGUAUCUCGUUGGAAGUGAUGGGGUAUCUUGUGUUUACAUGCAGUGAUGUGUUUUUGUGUUUGUAUGUACAGCGGUAAAACUGAACAACUUAUUAAUGUGUGUGUUACUCUACCCAUCUCCCCAAAUUUAGUUGAAACACUUAGGAGCACAGCUUCCUAGUGAUAGCAUGUUAUAUUAGUAAGCUUCUGGUUAAGGCGAACAGGAAACGAGGAAGAAGGGGAAAGGGAGAGAGGGGCCCAGAUAGAGUAAGAGACAAUCAUUGUAUUUCCUCAAAAUAUGGGAUGACAUCUUUUAAAAAGAAACCAAGAUGAAAUGCCUGACCAGAAGCUGGUGUAAAGAACAUGUAAGCACCACCAAGUUACUUGGAUGCCUUGAUUAUCUGUAUGCUGCUGCCAGGCUUAUCUGAUGUGCUGAUUGUACUUCUCAAUGUUUAGAUGGUACACCGGCAUUGCAGUACUUAUUUAGGAAGCCACUGUAGCUGUUCACAGAUAAACCUAAGUAGAAUUCAGUCUGGCUUGAACCUUUGAAGCCUAGGAGUCAAUCUCAGAGUAUGCAAGGCCAUUUUGUGAAGUAAAGCUUUCAUGGUCCUGGGCCAUGUAUCAAACAGAAAAGUGUGGGGUCAACUGUCUAUCUGUCUGGAGUCCUUCCCACCUGAGGAGCCUAAAGAAGGCUGAUUCCAGAAUCCCACAGCAUUUUGACAUCAGUUCUGAGCAAGCCAGGAGUGUAGACCUGAUUGGCUGGGAGGAGGGGCUACCUGUCUUGUCUAAGUACUGGCCCCUCAGAGAGCUGGGUCAGAGGCUGGCCCCACACCAGUGGCUUCCAAGAGCAAUGGAUGCCCUGCUGCUCUCGAGGGCCCUCCUCUGAAUAAAACGGUGACUCCCUGUACCCUGAAACUCGUGGUGUCCUAGUGAAGAGAGGGCGCCCUUGUGCCCAACGUGCCUUGCCGACCCAGGCGGCACCGCGCCCUGCCUUGCACGUCGCGACCCGCCGAGCCCUCAGGGCCAAACCCAGCCAGAAGCCACCUGAGCCUUGUGGCUGGGUCGCCCUCUGUAUUUGUAUUUGGAUUCCUAUGUUUGUACUUCUGAUACAAAUAAAUGCACAUGUUGUCAGAAA